UUUCAGUACUGGCACUGGCAGUGAAUAUUGGAAUAUAGCUUAGAUCGAGAUGAGACAUUCAGAAAACUACGUCGAUUGAGAAACACACCGCUGCAAAAAUAUAUCCGAAUCACAUCGGCCGUUAUAACGCUUAUGUAUGUUGGUGCAAUGUACAUUUACUAUAGAAGAAAAGUUGUUCCAUACUUAAAUGACGAACGAUAUAAAAUUUCUGAAGACGCUAUUGCUAUGCAACAUGAUUAUAUGACAAGUGAUUUUUUGAGAGGCGUUAUUGAUAAACUAAACAAGAGACAGCAAGUUAGAUUAGCAGCAAAUACUGAACCAGAGGAUCAAAUAAAAGAUACUGAGGCAAAUAAGAAUUAAGUAACGUUACAUCCAAUUAAGCUUACAUAGAAAUAAUGGAUGUUGAAGAAAAUAGAUUGCAUAAGCCUAAUAGGUCAAACAGAAGAUUACGAUUAAAGAAAAGUUAUAAAGAAAGUAUAGAUAAUAAAGCUUCUCUUUCUAAUGAUUCUGAUACUGAAAAGAAAAAUAAUAUUGCAAGCACAUCUAAAUCUUCAUAUGACGAUGACAGUAUAUUGGAUUUUAAAUCACCAAAAAGAAAAAAUACUGUGCAAGCAAAAAUUAUCAAGAGCAAUAAAUCUCUAGAUAAAUCUAAAAAGAACGUGCUGUGCUCUAAAUCUAAAGUAAUUAACAAUGGGAAAAAAUUCGAAAGCAAUAAAUUAUUGCAGAACAAAAAAAUUCAACAUAAUGCACAACAACCAUCAAUUGAGUCAUCCUUUUUUAAGUCUGAAAAGAAAGACGUAGACUCACCACAGAAUUCGAUUAAUGUGAAAACAGCUUAUGUAUGUCCAUUGUGCUUUAAAAAUUUUAAAGAUGAAAAUUUACAAACCGUACAUAUGAAGAGUUGUGCAAUAAAAAAUAAUGUUUCAACAAAAACAUUGAUGAAUGCUAUGGAACUGCAAGAACGACAAGCUGCAGAAAGAAAAUCAUUAGGUUUACUCUCUGCUCCCAUAUUACAAGAUAAAAAAAAGCCUGUUUCACGGAAAAUGGAAUCGCACGAUGAUCCCGAUUUUCAGCUUGCUUUAGCGCUUUCCAAGUCUUUAUAUGAAAAAGAAGAAAUAGAAGAAUGGGAAGAGGCUCAAAUUGUAGCUAUAUCAUCUAAUUCAUCGUUGCCAGAUAAUAAUGUAGAAUAUCCUCAGAAAGCGACAUUACAAAAUUUUGGCUUUACUAGCAGUAAAAAUAUAUCACCAACAAAAAAUUGGCCUACAAAUAGAAUUAAAAAAAAAGGAAAAAUCGAACCGACUAUUUUACAAAGACGUACUGCUGUUGAAAAAGAACGUAUUUUAACAGAAAGAAUAGCUGAAAUACUUAUGGCCUAUAAAGAUUUUACUCAAAAAUCACAAGAAGAACAAGUUAACAACGUUAAAAAGAAAAUUGUUCUAAAAAAUCAGUUACUUCAGCAAUUGCAUCAAACUGAAAAUACAUUGUGGGACAGGACAAAAUUAACUCCAACUCAGAAAGUAUUUUAUGUAAAGCAACUAUCGCCUUACAUUACACCAUUAGAAAAGAAAGAAAAAUUAAAUGAGGAACAGAAUAUUGAACAACUUAUGAAACAAAACAUAGAUAAUAAAAUUAUUUCGAAUAACAAACAAAUAUUAGAAACAGAAGCAAUGAAGGCUAUAAAAGUAAUGGAUAAUAAUGAAGAAUUUAUCUCUUCAAAUGCAGUUAACACAUGUUGCAAAGAAAAGACAUUUCUUGACAUUCUUGCAACAAACUGGAGAAAUAUGCUAAAUGAUAGUUCUGCAAGCGAUAUUAUUAUAUUUGUAAAAAAUGCCAGACAUAUUUGGGCACAUAAAUUAGUUUUCUAUGCGCGUUGUACAAAUAUUUUGCUUGAUGUAAUUUCCAAUGAUACGGAAUUCUCUACUGCAAAAGAAAAAAUUUGUUGGUUUGAUGUAGACUAUGAUGUUGCCUUAGCCUUUCUAGAAUUUGUCUAUUGUGGAAUAAUCAAUGAACAUUCAAAAAUAUUCAAUUCUAAUGCAUCAUUAUCUGAUAUUAGAUUUUUAGCAAGGAAAUACAAAGUAAAUGAUUUAUUUGUUUACUUACGUCAAAAAGAAUUUAAAUCUAACAUAACAGAAAUCAAACAUGAAAUUUGCAGAAAAAGUACAGAAAAUGUACACGCAGAUAUGGAAAAGACUUUAAAUGUUUCAAAAAUAAACAAAUCUUUUAAUCCAUCACUAAAUCGUACGUGUGAUGACUCAGAAACCAUUCAUUGUUCUCAAAGAAUAUUAUUACACGAGAAUAUUAAUGAUAAUUUAUAUUCCCUUGAAGAUAAUGACAUAUCUGUAAAGGACUGCUGUGUUCUGCAAGAUAAAAAAUCUACUUUGACAAGAAUAUCAGAGAAAAUAAACUCCAGAAGUAAUACACCAGUGAAUUCGGAAAUUUCUAAUGCAUCGCCUGAUAUGUUUGACGAUACACCUGAUAUGAAACAUAAAUCCAUAGUACAUUUUAAUAAUCAUGAAGAUUCUAAUAUUAAUAUAUUACUGAGUUUAAUUAAACAAGAUAAAGAUGUUGAUAUCUGUAGUCAAACAUCAUUAACUGGAAAAAGACAGAACGUAGAAUAUUCGCAAUUAGACAAAGAUAUAUCUAUCAAUCUGAAAAAUGUAGAACAAAAUGUUAUGGACAUUAAUUCAGAUUCUGAAUCAAAUUCUCAAAAACUAUUCAUUGACAAUAUACAUGAAAAUUCGAUAAUCGAUACUCCUCAAAGCAGCAAGUCAAAAUCUAUUCAGGAUUCUUCUUUGAAAUUAACCAAACAGAAAAGUAAUCUUACAUUAUUCAUCGAAGAAAUCGAAAGACAAAACGCGAAAUUGGAUUUAGAUUUAGAUUCUGAUAUAGAAUAUCCUGUAGGAAUAUCUCCUAUAAGGUAUAAGAAUCCAUUCCAUAUAAAUAGAUACAAUUCUGAAGAUUCUGAAACUUAUCAUGAUAAUGUUGAACAGUCAAUUGAAGUAGAAAAAAAACCUAGUCGAUUAAGUAUAAUAGAACAACGUAUGCGAUCGUAUGCUGAUAAAAAUCCGGAAUUCUAUUCUCAUCUUUCUAAUAAUGAUGUAGACAUUAAACAGACUAAUACUUUGCAUAUGGUUCCUAUAUCUAAGAUGUCAAUGGAAUCUUCUUGUAAUAAUACACAAAGUUUUACUUCACUAGAUGAGAAAGAUAUUAAUAUUUCAGAACAAAUCGCAGUCACUAAGGCAUCAGCAGUAUGUUCGCCACAAACAACGAAUCCAUCGUUUAAUGAAACUGUCCUGGAUGUAGAAACGGACGAAGAAGAGAUUUCUAUGUAUUCUAAAUAUAUGAAAGAUCACAAGGAUAAUAGUAUAGCAAAUUAUCGUGCAGCAAUCAGGAAUGGAUUAAGUAAUAGUUUAUCUCAAAAAAAUAUAUCAUCUGAUUUAAUCAAUAAGAAUAAUGAUACUGAAAAUAAUGUUAAUAUUAAUGAUACUGAAAAUAAUGUUCUGGAUAAAAUUGUUUUAACACAAAAAGACGCGGAUAUUAUCGUUUCAUCAGACACAGAAGUUGAAAGCAUAUCUUCUAGUAUUAAUCCUGUCAUUUUGAAGGAAGAUGAUUUUGAAUAUGAAGAUAUUCUGCCUUGUUCCACACAGCAGUCUGAAAGAAUAACAGAAUGUAACAAACAAAAUAUAGAAAGUCAAAAAAGCAAUCAAUUCGUCCAAAUUGAGGGUAUUCCAAAAACUGUAAUCACAGACUUAGAAGAGGAAAAAGAUUUUAAUAGUUCAAUUAAAUCAAAUCAAGAGGAAUUCAAUGCUAGCAGUACAGAGAUGACAUCUAAUGAUAUAGAUUGUAAUAUAAGUUUCAUGCAGAAAAAGUCCAGAUUUAAUGAAUUAAAUGAUGAUCAAAAGGAAAACUCUAUUUCAAGCCCGAUUAUGGUACCCUCCAGUCCAGAGUUUUUAGAUGUAGAAAACUUACUUCUAGAACAUCGUGAUGAAUUUACAUCAGAAACAAAUACUCGUGAACCAAGAAAAUCGGAAAACUUCGAAUCGUCUUUUAAUUUUGAAGAUGAAAUAUAUCUUGCAAAUGUUGAUGUUAAUAUGUAUGGGAAGCAUGUUUUGGAAAAGAGUCAGUCAACUAGCGUAUUAAAUACGACAGAAUUUAAAAAGAAUAGUGCACGCAGACGUAAUAAUAAAAAUGAUGAUGGAAAUAUCAGAGUUAAUAAUUCAAUGGCGAAUAAUGAUAUCGUACCUGUUUGUGAAAACUUGAACAGUAAUCCCACGUUUUUGACGCAAAAUUCUGUAAGCAUUAGAAAGUUUAAAAAGAAAUCCUUAUCUGAGGGACAAAUUAACAUAAAUAGAUUACAUAAUCGAGAGAUAUCUACACAAGCAUCUAUACACUUUAAAUAUAAUUAUAAUGAAAAUAUUGAAAAUACGAAAACUGCACUUAAAAUUAUUGAAAAAGAUGUUACACCUCCGCCUAAUUACAUUGGUAUGAAAACUCCCGAAUUGAACAAAGAAAUGAAGAAAUAUGGAUUAAAGGUACAAAAACGUGGCAGGGCUGUAAAAUUAUUAACGCAUAUUUAUAAUGAACUUCACCCUUUAGUGCCUAUAGCUGAAAUAACAUCAAUACAGGAAGUCACUGAAAUUUCAAGUGAUGAAGAUGAGGGUCCACCAUCAAAAAAACGAAAUGUGGAUAAUAAUAGUUUGGAAAAAUUAAAUAAUCCAGAAGACAGUGAUGACAAAGUACUUUGUUCUCAAAAUAGUGAUAGCGAUGUAAGUUCUGGACAAAAUUCAAUUGGCAGAGAAAUGGAACUUUCUGAUACUGAAUCAUUACUCGAAAAUCCAUCUAACAUCACGGAAGCUUUUACAGGACUAUUGAAUGUUGAUAAAGAUUUACAUAAUAAAAUAUUGCAAUAUGAACCUGUAAACAUUAAAGAAUUGCAUCAUACAUUGCGGACACACGGGUUUAAAUGCAAGUUUUCUAAUCUCAUGGAUUACUUGGAUGAGCAGUGUAUUACAUUUUAUAUGCCAGAACAGAGUGCCAGAACACAUAGAAAAAAGUAUAGUUCUACAUAAAAAAAUAUAUAUUUAAGGAAACUUAUAAUUUCUUUAUAUUAUAAAUAUUAUUAAAUAAAGAAUUUU